GUUGGCCACCGAAGACUUGCGAUUGACGUGUCCGUUGUCCAAAUAUGUUUGGGGUUCUGUUGCUUUUUCUAUAACUUUGAGAUUUUGCAUGAAAACUCCUAAAACGCUAGUUUCUGGUGGAUACGAUCAUAGUAUUCGCUUUUGGGACUUGAAAACAGCGAAACCGAUAAGAAGUGUUCCUUUUCAUUCCUCACAUAUAAACCAAGUCAAGUUCUCCUUGGAUGGAAGGCUCUUAGCUGUCUGUGGUAACCCAUUGGUGGAAUUCUAUGAUUUGAGAACCAAUACAGAAAAAAGUGUGCAUACUAUCAAUUUUCAUAGCAACAAUGUUACUUGUUUGGCUUUUAAAGAUCAUGGUCCAUUCAUAGCUACUUGUUCUGAAGACAAGUCCCUAGGUUUGUGGGACCUUCGAAUCAUCUCUCCACUACAGAGUUGGAAGAGUUCGUUUCCUUUCAGUUGCAUAUGUUAUGGAAGAGACGAAUCAGAGAUAAUCACUUCAGACUACAGUGGGGCUGCAAGGAUAUGGGACAUUGCGACCCAGAAAGAAUCCGGUCGAUUGAAGACUCGUGACUCUUCUAUUCUCACAGGAUUUCUUUAUGAAAGAGCCCAUUCACUCUUCAUCAUGUUUGGAAGCUCUGGAUUUGUAUAUAUAAGCUUGUUGAGACCAAAAAAGGCCUCUGCAAGUCUUCGAGUUGAACAUACCUAUGUAUAUGGAAAGUCCAAUUAUGAAGUUGAACACGAAGCAAAGGGAUAUUUUGAAAAGAUAACCAAACUCCGCGCCACAAAGAGAUAUGUACUAAAAGCAAGUUUAUCGGAUGAAGGUUUACUUUUGGCAAAUGCAAAUGAAGAUGGCGACAUUAAGUUAUGGGGAGACAAGAACAAUCCUGACGCAUAUAAUGAAAGCAGAUGGCAACAACAAGUUACUCUUGGUAGGCACCAAAAAUGGGUUUGGGAUUGUCAGUUUCUACCUGAAACCAAGUAUUUAGUUUCUGCAUCCUCUGAUAAAAAGAUUCUGUUAUGGAAUUGGGAAAAGCGACUUCUUCUACAGGAAUUUCUAGGUCAUGAGAAGACAGUGACAUCGUUAGACGUAAGUGUUAGUUGAAGUGUUAGUUUAUGUUUGGGUU